AUGGACGAAAGUGAAACUGGAAAUCAUAAUAAUAAUAAUUUAAAACAACAUGGAAAUCAUUUAUCUGGUGCUGCACCUCAAGCAUCAACUGUAUCGAUUGUACCAAGUGAUAUACGUACAGGAGGACGAGGUGCAGGUUUAGCAACAAGUGUUAAUAAUAAUAAUUUAAUAACAGCAGAUAAAUCGAAUGAAACAACAACAACAACAUCGACAUCAGCGGCUCUUACGAGUAGUUCAGGACCCAAUGCAAUGCUUAUGGUUGGACCAAAUUUUCGUGUUGGAAAACGAAUUGGUGCAGGAAAUUUUGGAGAGAUUCGAUUAGGAAAAAAUUUGUAUAAUAAUGAACAUGUGGCAAUUAAACUAGAACCGAUGAAAUCUCGUGCACCACAACUUCAUCUUGAAUAUCGAUUUUAUCGACAACUUGGAGCUUGCGAAGGCGUUCCACAAGCACAUUAUUUUGGACCAUGUGGUAAAUAUAAUGCAUUAGUAAUUGAAUUACUUGGUCCAUCACUUGAAGAUUUAUUUGAUACUUGCGAUCGAAAAUUUUCACUGAAAACCGUCCUUAUGCUUGCAAUACAAUUGAUUAGUCGAAUGGAAUAUGUUCAUUCAAAAAAUCUUAUUUAUCGAGAUGUUAAACCCGAAAAUUUUCUUAUUGGACGUUCUUCUACGAAAAAACAACAUCUGAUACAUAUCAUUGAUUUUGGCUUAGCCAAAGAAUAUAUUGAUCCUGAUACUGGUCGACAUAUACCAUUCCGAGAACAUAAAAGUUUAACUGGUACUGCAAGAUAUAUGAGCAUCAAUACUCAUCUUGGGAAAGAGCAAAGUCGUCGAGAUGAUCUUGAAGCAUUGGGGCACAUGUUUAUGUAUUUUUUACGUGGUAGUUUACCGUGGCAAGGAUUAAAAGCUGAAACAUUGAAAGAACGUUAUCAAAAAAUUGGUGAUACGAAACGUGCAACUCAUAUUGAUGUGUUGUGUCAAAAUCAACCUGAAGAAUUUGCAAAAUAUUUAAAAUAUGUUCGGAAUUUGGAUUUUUUUGAAACUCCAAAUUAUGAAUAUCUUAGAAAACUAUUUAAAGAUUUAUUGGAUUCACGUAAUUAUGCAUGUGAUUAUAAUUUUGAUUGGGUAGAAAAAAUGCAACCGACUGCAACUAGAAGUACUACUGGAAAAUCUCAAUAUCCACCAGCAAAUGAUAUGCCAUCCAGUCCAACACCACGAGCAACGAAUAAGACAACUUUUAUAAAUGCUCAUCUUUCGGCAUCAACACAACAAGUACAUGGUUCAAUGCAGCCAAUUAAUAUUCCUGAUGAUGAUAAUGAACGAACCGGUCGAGAUCGAGAACAUGCACAUAUUGUCACAUCAUCAACUUUGCCUAAUGCGGAUGUUAUUAGUGAUACAAAGCGUAAAACUGUUGGCGGAAAAUUAUUUAAGAAUGACGAAUAUUCGACUAGUCAAAUGUAA